AUGUCAACUUCUAUGGCGAGUUGCCCGACCAGUUCCAUCACUAUCCCAGCUAAAUCAAUCACAGGUAAUACAACCCAGUUACUUGAGGAUUCACACUUACCAUAUGUGAAGGACGCGCGCUUCAACUCAAUCGCUGAUAGUGAAGAGUCCCCCUACUGCCUCGAAAACACGCGCGUGCAGAUCCUUGAGGGCAUUGACCAUUGGGCCAAUGAUCGCGAUGGUCCCUGCAUCUUUUGGAUGAGUGGCUUGGCUGGCACAGGGAAGUCGACGAUAGCCCGCACGGUAGCUCGUAAAUAUGAUGACGAACAUCGACUUGGGGCCAGCUUCUUUUUCUCCGUCCUCCAUAGUGACACCAAGCGCACGACGAGCUUUGUCACUAUAAUUGCGCGGCACUUGGAGGGUCCUCGACCCAAGUUGACUCUGGGGGACAAUGAAUGGAUCCUCGCGGGGGCUCAGAGGCUGCUUCGACUGCCACCCGAAUACACCAACUUGGAGGGCGCCGCCGCGUUCGAGAAUAUCAUUGCGAUCGCGUACGGUGCUGCCAAUGUCUUGAUUUUUCAUUUCCGCAGCGAGUUGUUAUAG